GGAUUGUUUUGAUGUCUUCUCAGGGUGUCUCGCAAUAGUACGAGUCUCAUAAUUGGGUUAGUUUGCCAUAUGGUUGGUACGUUUUAAGAAUAUACCCUUAUAAAUAAUCCGGUGGGAUAGCGUUCCUCCUUGAAUAUGAAUCCCUUUACUUAUUGCAACCAAGUUGAAAUUUGUGACCACACAUUAUUUGAAGAUCAAAAGUCCUGUAAAAAAAAUGUCAAAUAAAAUAACUAACGCUCGCAUUGCGGAACUUCAGAGGCUGAUGGAUCGAAAAGACGAGUUGAGAACCACCAUUCAGGAGAAGCAGGAUGCCAUGCAGAGAAUCGUAGACACGAUGAAUGAAGAAGCUCAAACACUUACGUCAUCAUCAGCAAAAGCAGUGAUGGCUGCCCGAGGCAAAGUCUCAUCCACGCUGAGUUACCAGGAUGAAGUUGAUAGCUAUGAAAUCGCCAUUGCUCGCUUGGAGGAGCUAUAUGCCGAAGUUGAGGCGGAGCUGAAAGGGUUGCAAGAGUUGAUGGAGCCACAAGAUUCAACAUGAUAUUGGGGAUCGCAAGAUAGGCUUGAAAAAAAGGGAUAUUGUCUCACACGACACUUACCAAACGUUCCAAAGCCAAUUGUGCAAAGGUCGAGAUAGUAUUUUUCAGUAGCUGAUAAACAACGAAUGCUUUGGUGAUUGCAUAUGCUGAAACGUGAUUAUCAC